AUGUGCUCAUGGCAAAUUUCGCUUUGACGAUCUGUUUCCAUGACGAAUUGUAUCCUCGAAGAAUUACCUUCCUCAUAAUUUGCCCGUGAUGAGUUGUGGAGACGACAUUUUCAUCCAGUGAAUUUAAAAAUAAGACAAAGAGGAAAAUUAAAACACAAAACUUACUAGAGAUGCGUGAAUCAAAUAAAGUGUAAACCGUCCCUCAGCUUUCUAUUUUAUCUUUUAAUGAUUGGCAACGUUUUGACCCAAGGAGGUGUGUUGUGUGUUUAGUAAACAAAUUGGUUUCUGCUCUCUCCGUAGAGUGUGGGAUUGAGUUUUGGUUUAUGGAUGAUUUAUAAUAAGUAGUAUAAAAAUGGUUGAUUUCUUAGCCGAAAACAAUGCUUGUGGUCAAAAUUUGCUAAGAUUGGUUUCGCGGGGAAAUGCAAUUAUUGCCGAGCUUCUUCGUUUGUCUGAUGUUGUGCCGCAAGUCUUUCGCCUUGAAUCAAAAAAUGACAUUAAUAAAUACAGUGAUGUUUUAUGUGAUUUUAGUUAUUUUAAAAUAACGGAUUUUUAUGAGAACAAGAUUGAAUCAAAUCCUCAAUUGCAAGAUAGAGAUGAAGAAUUUAAGGAAAACUAUCUUGACAUACUGACUAGAUUUUACUUGGCUUUUGAAAGCGUUCAAAAAUAUAUUACAGAUUUCGGCCAUUUUCUAGAAGAAUUGGACGAAGGUAUUUAUAUUCAACAAACUCUUGAAACUGUCUUAGCAAAUGAAGAUGGUCGUCAGCUGCUAUGUGAAGCUAUUUAUCUGUGUGGCGUAAUUUUGAUGGUCAUUGAUCAGAAAAUUGAAGGGAUAGUCAGAGAGAGGAUGCUAGUAUCAUAUUAUCGAUACAGUGCUCAAAGAUCAAGCAUGGAUUCUAAUAUUGAUGAUGUUUGUAAACUAUUACGAAGUACUGGUUAUAGUGCUGCUCCCACAGCAAAACGAUUGCCCAAUUAUCCAGAUGAUUAUUUCAGGAGAGUUGGUCUGAAUCCUACUUUUAUUAGCAUGAUUAUUGGCCGGUUGCGAUCUGAUGAUAUAUAUAAUCAGGUUUCUGCUUAUCCAUUACCUGAACAUAGAAGCACAGCUCUUGCAACACAGGCUUCAAUGUUAUAUGUAAUCUUGUAUUUCUCACCUGAUAUUUUAAACAAUCAUCAUGCAAAAAUGCGAGAAAUUGUUGAUAAGUUUUUUCCCGAUAAUUGGGUCAUUAGCAUUUAUAUGGGAAUGAUGGUAAAUCUUGUUGAUGCUUGGCAACCUUAUAAGGCAGCUACACAAGCAUUGAGCAACACUAUUGACAUUGCUAAUGUUAAAGAACAGUGUCAGAGAUACCACACUCGAGUUGUGAAAAUGAUUCCAACUGUUGAACAUCUUCUAAAAGAAGGAGCACUGUCUGAAGAAGUAGUGCUUGAUAAUGUUCCUAAACUUUUAAAUGUAGCCAGAGAGUGCAAUGUGACUUUAAGAUGGAUGUUGCUACACACUAUAGCAUUAACACCAGCUGCAGAAGUUAACAAAAAAUGUCGGCAGUUGAGAGAGCAAGUGAUUAAUGAUAGUCGUUACAAUCCGUUGCAAGUUUUCCAACUUCUAUUAUAUACUGCUCAAUUUGAACUGAAAGUAAAGGAGUUUGUUUUUGUUAGAUAUAAUUUACAAGCUUGGUUUAAAGAUAUGGGUAAGCAAAUCGAAACUUUGAAUUAUGAUGAUGCUACUGCUACUGGAAGAAAAAUUGUACAGCUGAUUCAAGCUCUUGAAGAAGUUCAAGAAUUCCACCAGUUAGAAAGUAAUUUACAAAUAAAACAGUUUCUCAUUGAUACAAGAAAGUUUCUUCAUCAGAUGUUAAGAACAAUUAAUAUUAAAGAAGAAGUAUUAAUAACUUUAGAAAUGGUUGCGGACUUGUCUUAUGCUUGGGAAAUAAUUGAUAGUUAUACUAAAUAUAUGCAACAGGGCAUUAAAAGAGAUCCAACUUUGGCUAUAAAGCUAAGAGCAACAUUUUUAAAACUUGCAUCAGCUCUUGAACUUCCAUUGCUUCGAAUUAAUCAAGCGUCUAGUCCAGAUUUGCUCUCUGUUUCUCAGUAUUAUUCCAGUGAACUAGUAUCCUAUGUUCGUAAAGUGUUGCAUAUCAUUCCUGAAAGUAUGUUUGCCUUAAUGGCUCAAAUAAUUGAACUUCAAACCAAUGCUAUAAAAGAGGUGCCCACAAGACUUAUGAAAGAUCAAUUGAAAGCAUAUGCUCAGCUAGAUGAACGUUAUAAGGUUGCAAAAUACACUCAUGCAAUAUCUGUUUUUACUGAAGGAAUUUUAAUGAUGAAAAGAACUUUAGUAGGUAUUAUACAAAUUGAUCCAAAACAACUACUUGAAGAUGGAAUAAGAAAGGAAUUAGUUCAUAAAGUAGCAAUUGCUUUACAUGAAGGCUUAGUAUUUAAUCCUAAAGCUAAGUCAAGUGAAUUAGUUCCUAAAUUAGAAGCCAUUGGACAAAAAAUGGAUGGCUUUCGUCGAUCAUUCGAAUAUAUCCAAGAUUAUGUAAGCAUAUAUGGUCUUAAAAUAUGGCAAGAGGAGAUGUCUAGGAUAAUAAAUUACAAUGUUGAACAAGAGUGUAAUGCAUUUCUGAGACAUAAGGUUCAGGACUGGCAGAGUAUUUAUCAAUCACGCACAAUACCUAUUCCUAGUUUUAAUCCAUUGGAUAAUAUGUCUGUAAAUUUUAUAGGCCGUUUAGCUCGAGAAAUUUUAAGGAUUACUGAUCCUCGAUUAACUGUAUAUAUAGAUCAAAUGACUGCAUGGUAUGACUCAAAAACACAUAAUGAAGUAGUGAAUUUAAAACUAUUUUCGCUAAUUCAGAAAAGCAUAGGAACUCCAGGAUUAACAGGUCUUGACAGACUGAUGUCAUUCAUGAUUGUUACAGAACUUCAAACACUAGUCCGUAUCUAUGAAAAGUUAAUAAUUGGUGAUAAAUCAUGGCAAGAAGCCCUUAAAAAUCUUCAAAUAGCUAUACAACCAACUAAGCAAAUUAUAGCUCAACCUGCUCGUGUUUAUGGGCCUGUUAUGUCCAAAGCUUCAAAAUAUCCUCGAUUUUUGGAAAGUUUAAUGAAGGUUGGGCAGAUGCAACUUUUGAGACGACGUAUAGCUUAUGAAUUGAAUACUUCUUGUAAAUUUGAUUCCAAACACUUAGCAAGUGCUCUUCAAACCGUUAAUGAGGCUUUAAUUGCGGACAUCGAACUCCACUACAAGGAUCCUAGCAAACCAUACCCAAAAGAAUCGAAUCCAUUGUUAUAUGAGUUGUCUUCAUAUUUAGAAUGGUCUGGUAUAAAUAAUCCUCUAGCAAAAAUUUAUAUAACUACUAGACCUUUGUUAAAUAUGUCUCUUUUCCUAUUUUUAUUCAUAACUUCUCAACUACCAAAAAUGGCUUACGAUAAAAGCAUCGAUAUCCUUAUUAGUAGAAAAGCAACUGAUGCCAUUGAUGGCUUGCCAUUCGUACUAGGAACUCUUACAUUUCUCCAACAGUUUCAUCAAGAGCACAAAAAUACAUUCCUUUCAUAUAUGGGACAAUACAUAAGAUCUGUUGUAGAUGGCUUAGGGGAAAGUAAUAAAUUAGAUAUACCUUCUGAUAUCAUAAACGCAUUAGUUUUUCUAGAAGAGUUUGCUAGAUAUGGUCAAUUGCCGAGAAAGGCAAUAACAAAUCAUAUUCCAUCGCUAUUAAUUGAUGCAGCUAGAUUUUACUAAUUGCUGGUUCGUUCUUUCUAUUGAACUUUAAAAUUAUUUUUCUUUGAUUUAUAGGAUUUAUUUGUACAAAUAGAAUUUAUUUGUAAGUGCUAAGAUUAUAUAGCAGAAAUGUUUUCAUACUAAAAUUUGUAAUAAAGUAUGUAUAUAUAUAUAUUUUGAAUAUAUAUACCGUUGAUUUUA